CUCCUCGCGAGCCCCUCGUCGGCCGCGUUGUUGUGUCUCGCUUUGUCUGGUACUCACUCGUGUGUUCGGGGUCAGUGGCGGCCAAGCGGGGCCAAGCAACAGCAGCAUUCCUUGGGCCUGUCGCGUUUCAAACCUUCAAAUACCAAUCGAUAUUUUUUUCAAAAGUGAAACCUGUUUUUUUUUUUUUACGCUUUGCUUGGCCCUUGUUCCUGGCUCACGCUGACCCCAAGUGCAGCGUGUGUGAUGGUUUUUUUUUGUGUUGUGAGUGGUGGUGGGACCGUUUCGGGCGGGAGAGCAAAGCCCCUCCUCCGCCUGGAGUGUUUUUGAAAAAAAAAUGAUUGGUUUUUCGUGCUUGUAGUCUUUUGGGUGGCGCUCCGGAGCGCCGGUCGUAUUCGAGAGAUCGUUGUUGCAGGGGCAGGGCGGUCCAAAUGGUCAAUAAGAUUUAGUUGUUUUCGAAGUCAACAAAAUGGUUACGGUAUCGGAGUUUUGACCUGGUUCGUUCGUACCCAAUCAACUUGUAAAUUUCGGUUCAUAGAAUUAGGAAUUUUUCGUUGUUCUAAAAACUGUGUUUGUAGUAAUUUUUGACACGGAUAAAUCGUUCACCGUAACAACCAUUUUCAAGAUGGGGAUGUCAAAUUAUUUGUGAUGCGUGUCUAUGAGCACUGCACGGCCCUGCCCUGCGAAAAGGCAGCGAGUAAUUGAAUCAGCUAAAACUAUUACUUCCAGAACACGUACUAACUCCAGUCCUGAGGGCUGGGCGCGCUGCAGGCUGGCUGGCCGUGGUUUGUGUUGGGGUUUUGUUUGUUUGUUUGUUAGUUUAAGUUGUUGGGCGCUCGAAGACCCCGCGAGAGCCCCGCGAGGGGCUCAGGGGGCGCCGUCCUGUUCGCCCGGCCCUGGGCCCGGCCUGCCUCGCCCUGGGCAGGCCCCUGGGCAGGCCCAACCCCCAACCCUCUGGCCUGGCCCCGCUUUCCCGAACCUUAUCCAUCCUUCCUGCGUUCACCUUCCCCUCACUCCCCAGGGCCCUCGGAGACAAAACUUUUACAAUCUCCACCCUUGGCGCAUUUCAAUUGUUUUAUUACAAGUCGGGCCUGUUGGACUCGCUUCCGUUCAUAUCAAUGAACGGGCGACGUGGCCUGCGUGCCUGCCUGCUCGGUCUGCCCGGCCCGCCUGCCCGGCCUGUCUGCCCGGCCUUACUGCGCGGGGGACGGCAUGGAUUCUCCAUUUGUCAUGUGGACUCUAAUUGCUUUGUCUCCGGGCCCUGUAACCUAUCCCUGUGUCUUUGUCUCAUGUUUACCCUACCCUUUUUUGUUUUCGUUUUUUAUGUGUUUUGUUUCUGUUUGAUAUGUGAUACAAGAAAAAGACAUUUUUUCUUGUAUGUGUCGAACUGUGUGUGUGUUUGUCAUAACGUGCUACUCGUCCUGUGUCUGUAAGUUUCUAACUUAUGCUGCCAUAGUAGGUCUUACCUUAGAGUCCAGCCCUAAAAACAAAUUUCAUCAAAAUUUUAUCCGUAAUAUUUAUACGAAUACAAGUAAAGUUGCUAACUGCAUUAAGUAAUAUUUGCAUUUUUCAUGAAAUAAGGAACCAAGAGACACUCUGGUUUGAGCAGUGAUGAAGUUUGCUAAAUUCAAAGUCCCAAAAGCACAUUAUUUUUGUUCGAGCUUUCUUCUCAAAAUAGCUGAAAAGUGUGUGUUUGUAGUUGUGUUUCGUCCAUUGGUCUCAUAUGAGACUUGUGUCUGUCCUAUGUCCUGUAGGAUUUGUCCACUUGUAAUUCAUGUUAGAUAUUAUUAUUUUCCUUAUGUGUCCGUUCGUAUGCGUGCGAUGUGUGAGUGUGUGAGUGAAUGUGUCCAUCUUCCCCAACAUUAAAAUUUUCUUUUUAUUUUCCAAAUUUUAUUCCUACACCGUAAAUAAAUUAAAGUUUUCAUUUGAACAUGUACAAAACCGGCUUAUUGCUGUGUUGAGAAUAGACUUCUUUCUCAUUUCCAUAAACUGCGUCUGAAAGGUUGAAUGAAUGGUCCUAGCUAAAGUGUGACGCAUAGCGCCAUUUUACAUCUUCGGCGCUCCUUCUCGAACUGUACCGCAGAAAACGAAUUGUUUUUGCAUCUCAUUGGCGAACAUUGACUCCUAAAUCGUUGUGAUUUCUCGAAAUCACCUGCGGUACAGUUUGCAGGAAAUAAAACGCGUACUUGCUGGCUUGAGCUGAGCGGAUAGUAAUACCCCAUGUUUCUCAUUAUUUUUCAACGCGUAGUCAAUUCUGGAGCUCAUUUACACCGCGGCGGGUGUCGGUGAUGAGGGGCCAGGUGGUGACUCCCCAAGGCCUGGGCAUCUACGGCGUGCGGGUGUCCGUGGACAAGGACGCCCGCCUCGGAUUCACACUCACGAGGGCCGGAGGCUGGUUCGACAUGCUGGUGAACGGGGGCGGCGCGGUGACGCUGCAGUUCCUGCGCACCCCCUUCCAGACGACGACGCGCACGGUGUUCGUGCCGUGGAACCAGAUCGUGGUGCUGGCGCCCGUGGUGCUGCCCCUGGCCGGCGACACCGCCAGCCCCAGGGACCGCGACGCCGCGGCCGCCGCCGCGCUCGGCUUCGAGAUGCCCGUGUCCUCGCUGUCGCUGUUCGCCGUCGUGGAGGACGGCCCCGGGCCGGGCCCCGGGCCCUGCGAGGCGCACGACCACACCCUGCUCAAGCCCGUCGUCGUGUCCACCUGGAUGCCCGAGAAGGUGGGCGGGCUGUCCGGCCGCAGCCUCGUGUUCGCCGAGACGCAGAUCCUGCAGGAGGCCAUCCGCAUCCCCGGCUCGGACCUGUUCCUGCAGUACCAGAGCAGCCAGGCGCCGGGCUACCUGUCCACCGUGCUGAUGCGGCUCACGCAGGACCGCGUGCCCGCCACGCUCACGCACGUGCACGUGACGGUGCAGAUCGAGGGCUCGGUGCACACCAAGACCUACGAGGCCGACCCCAACCUGACGCACGUGUUCGCCUGGAACAAGCGCAACGUGUACAAGCAGAAGGUGUACGGCGUGGCGCAGGCCAAGGUGUCGGUCGGCUACAAGCACUCGACGUGCAGGAACAUCAUCUGGGAGACGCAGACCGCCACACUGCAGGGCUUCGACGUGGACAUCUCGGACAUCGGCGGCUGGGGGCUCAGCAUCCACCACCACUACAACUUCCACGAGGGCAUCCUCCAGAAGGGCGACGGCUCCACGCUCCACCUGAAGCGCUACCCGCGCACCAUCAAGGUGGUGGUCGGCACGGGGCUGCAGCGCUCCCUGCAGUGCGAGGACUGCAACGGCGUCGCCAGGGACGCUCGCCUUCUGACGCCCGUCGCGCUCGCCUCGGGCCCGGACGGCUCGCUCUACGUCGGCGACUUCAACCUCAUCCGCCGCGUCACGCCCGACGGCAACAUCUACACCGUUCUGCAGCUCAGUGCCACGCAGGUGUCGCACCAGUACUACCUGUCGGUGUCCCCCGCCGACGGCCACCUCUACGUGUCCGACACGGAGCGCCACCAGAUCCUGCGCGUGCUGCAGCUCGGCCCCAACAUCGAGGACCCGCGCAUCAACUCGGAGCCGGCCGUGGGCUCGGGCGACCGCUGCGUGCCUGGCGACGAGAACCACUGUGGCGACGAGGGCCCCGCUCUGGCGGCACGCCUGGCGCACCCCAAGGGGCUCGUGAUCGCGGCCGACAAGACCAUGUACAUCGCGGACGGCACGAACAUCCGCGCCGUGGACCCCAAGGGCAUCAUCCACACGCUGGUGGGGCACCACGGCCACCACAACCUGUGGACGCCCAUCCCCUGCCACGGCGCCAUCCCCGCCGCGCAGGCACAGCUGCAGUGGCCCACGGGGCUGGCGCUGAGUCCGCUGGACGGCUCGCUGCACUUCAUCGACGACCGCCUCGUCAUGAAGCUGACGAGCGACCGCAAGGUGAAGGUGGUGGCCGGCAUGCCGCUACACUGCCACGCGCCCACGUGCGCGGCCAAGGAGCAGCCCGAGCAGCCGCCGGCACCGCAGGCGCAGCCCAAGGACCCCAAGGCCAAGGACGACAAGCCCAAGGCGCCCAAGGCGCCCAAGCAGCCCAAGCAGGACGACCGGAAGAAGCAGGAGGAGCUGGAGAGCGAGGAGGGCUCCGAAGCCACGUCCACUGUCCUCGGCAGCAUCCUGUCCAUCGCCUUCAGCCCCAACGGCGAGCUGUUCAUCGCGGAGGCUGACUCGCGCAAGGUGAACGCCAUCCGCGUCGUGGACUCGGCCGGUCGAAUGUCCGACUUUGCGGGCAGGCCUCAGACCCAGGAGGCGUUCCCAGCGCACGGCUGUGACUGCACCAGCAACAACGCGUCCUGGCCGGGCGGGCCGGGUGGACAAGGCAUGGGCACCACCGCCGGGCCGGCGGGCAUCGCUGGCGCCACGGCGGCGGGGCUGCUGGGCUGCGUGUGCGGACCGCAGCUGGACGACCCGGCGGCAGGCAUGGGCACCGGCAAGGACUCGCGGGAGACGCUGCUCUCCUCCAACGCCAAGUUCACGUCCAUCUCCGCCAUGGUGGUGGCGCCCGACGGCGUGCUGCACGUGGCCGACCAGGGCAGCCUGCACGUGCUGGCCCUGGAGCACUACCUGCCCACGCACGACGAGAACGGCGAGUUCCGCAUCCCCUUCCCGCCCACCGGGGAGGUGUACGUGUUCAACCGGUACGGCCAGCACGUCGCCACGCGCGACCUCACCUCGGGCAACACGCGCUACACGUUCCUCUACUCCAAGAACACGAGCUUCGGCAAGCUGUCCACCGUCACGGACGCGGCCGGCAACAAGAUCCUGUUCCUGCGCGACUACAGCAACGUGGUGAGCACCAUCGAGAACACGCAGGACCACAAGUCGGACCUCAAGAUCUCGGGCAUCGGCUUCCUCGAGAAGUUCUCCGAGCCGGGCCGCUCCGAGAUCGACCUGCACUACGACUCCAACACUGGGCUGCUGACGAGCCGCGCGGACGCCAAGGGCGCGGGCGGACGAACCUCCAUGUACCGCUACGACGAGCUGGGCCGCGUCACGCAGGUCAUCCUGGCCACGGGCGAGACCAUCGACCUGCGCUCCCGCAUCUCCCUGGACGACGGGCUGGCCGUGGAGGUGCACGCCCCGCAGGCCGCCAUCGCCCUGGCCAGCGGCACGGCCGGCGCGUCCCCGCAGCAGCAGCGCGGCCUGGCCCCGCACAACGAGAAGCAGCCCGUGACGCUGCGCAUGGCGGGCCGCGGCGCGCGGAGGAUGGUCAUCUCGGACGGCCUGCACUCCAGCGAGGCGGCCAGCUACCGCAACGGCUCCCUGACGCUGCGCGGGCCCUGGGCCAUGACGUCGUGGGGCGGCGAGCUGGCCUGCGCCGCGCGCCGCCGCCACCCGCUGCUCGAGCUGGCGCUGCCCGUCGAGGCCGAGAUGCUGCCCAUGUGGAGCGACCAGGUGGUGGCGGCGUCGCCCGGCGUGGCGCCCAACUCGGUGGCCUGGAGCUACAACAUCGUCGGCGACGCGGGCAGCUCACAGCACAAGCUGCACCAGGACCUGUGGGUGAACCACAGCCGCGUGCUGGCCAUGGAGUACGACCAGGCCACCCGCCGGCAGACCUUCAUCGACCGGGAGGGGCAGCCGCUGCUCACCGUGGCGCUGGACCACGAGGGGCUGCCCAUGUCGUGGACGCCCAGCGGUGGCAAGGCGGGCGUCAACAUCUCGUACGACCGCUUCCGCCGUGUCGACUCGUGGCGCUGGGGCGACCAGCAGGAAAAGUACAGCUACGACCGCAAGGGGCUGCUCUCCGAGGUCUCCACGCCGCAGGACGGCGCCAUGGCCUUCACCUACGACGAGCUCAACGUGCCCACCGUCAUCACGCUGCCCAGCAAGCGGCGGUUCGAGUUCCGCUACGACGCCGACGGCGGCCUCCGCCACAUCACGCUGCCCAGCGGCACCCACCACUCGCUGUCCGUGCAGCCGUCCCUAGGCUUCCUGCGCGCCACGUACACGGCGCCCGGCGCCACCCGGCCCUACCUGCAGCACUUCUCGUACAGCGGGCUGCUGCUGCAGACCGUCUACCCCGGCGACGGCGCGCGCGUCAUCUACAAGUACACCUCGGCCGGCAAGCUCGCGGAAGUCCUCCACGGCGACGGGCGGACGCGCGUGAGCUACUCCCCGCAGACGGCCCUGCCCACGUCGGUGCAGCACUCGGAGCGCGACCUGGACUACCGCUGGGACUACGGCUACUCGGGCGGCCUGCUGGCCGAGGAGCGCAUUGAGUUCGGGCCCAAGACGGGGCUCAACAACGCCAAGAUCAGCUACGAGUUCGACGACAACAUGCGCGUCGUGAGCGUGGCGGGACGCGUCGGCGGACAGGCACUGCCGGAGCACGGCCUCGCGUACUCGCCGCGCACCGGGGCCGCCACCCAGAUCGGACAGUUCCAGGUGCAACGCGUGAACGGCAACGAGACUCGCGUCGGGGACGGCACCGCCAUCUUCACCCGCUUCACCAACCGCAUGAUGCAGGAGGUGCAAGUGGCCGUCACCAUCCACAACAUGGAGGCCUUCCGCAUGGAGUUCUCCUACGACUCCCGAGGCCGCAUCAGCCAGACCCGCACCUACACGCGCAACGUGGGCGUCAACAUGUACACCAACGUCAAGAACUUCACCUGGGACGCGGACGGGCAGUUGGCGGGUGUGGCGGCGCAGGAGCCGUGGAGCUUCGAGUACGACCCGAACGGCAACAUGCUGUCCCUCACGUACCGGGGCAACACCAUCCCCAUGGAGUACAACCAGAUGGACCGCGUGGUCAAGUUCGGCGAGGGCGUGUACCGCUACGACAGCCGCGGCCUGGUGACGCAGAACGCGCGGGAGGAGCGCUUCCACUACAACGCCAAGGGCCUGCUGGUGCGCGCCAACAAGCGGGGCCGCUUCGACGUCCGCUACUACUACGACCACCUGGACCGCCUGAGCGUGCGCAAGGACAACUACGGCAACGUCACGCAGUUCUUCUACACCAACCACAAGCGGCCCAGCGAGGUGACGCAGAUCUACUCCCCGCGCGACGGCAAGCUCAUGUCGCUGACGUACGACGACCGAGGCCACCUCGUGUUCGCGCAGGUGUACCGCCACAAGUACUACAUCGCGACGGACCAGUGCGGCACCCCCGUUAUGGUGUUCAACCAGUACGGCGAGGGCAUCCGCGAGAUCAUGCGCUCGCCCUACGGCCACAUCGUGUACGACUCGAACCCCUACCUGUACCUGCCCAUCGACUUCUGCGGCGGCCUGCUCGACCAGGUGGUGUCGCUGGUGCACAUGCCGGGCGGGAAGGUGUACGACCCUCUGAUCGGGCAGCUCAUGGGCCCCGCCUGGGAGGACGUGCCGGCCCGCCUCAGCAAGCCCACGCACCUCAACCUCUACCGCUUCAACGGCAACGACCCCAUCAACAUGCGCCUGCAGCACAACCACCUCACCGACCACCGCAGCUGGCUGGCCGCCCUGGGCUACGACUUGCCGAACCUGGCGCCGCAGCUGUACCCCUCCGUGGAGGACAGCACGCUGCCGCGCCUGCUCAGCCCCCUGAGUCCGUUCGCGAGCCCGGCGCCGCUGACGGUGUCCCCGGCGCGGCCGUCCAUGGCGGUGGGGGCGCAGGACGGGCCGCCGCUCAGCGUGGUCUCGGGCUUCCUGAGCCACGUCAGCGAGCGCCUGCUCAGCGACAGGCUGUCCGUGUCCGGCUGGCCGUCGGCCGCCUCCAACCUGGCCGUCGACGCCAAGGGCACGAAGGGCGCGUGGCCGCCCAACAACCCUCUGCAGACGUUCCGCAUCGGUUCGGCCUUCGAGCCGCCGUUCGGCAGGGGCAUCAUCGUGUCGCGGACGGCGCAGGGGCAGGCUGUGAUCAACAGCGUGCCCUCGGCCAACCCCAUCUACAGGGACGUGUUCACGUCCGUGUUCAACGGCUCGUACAUGCUGGACGUGCUGCUGCUGGUGCACGGCGCCUCGCAGGACACGCUCUUCUUCGUGCAGCCGCGCGUCGAGCGCGCCGGCGAGGACAAGGCCCAGCUCAAGCGCCUGGGCGGCUCCGUCAACACCACGUUCCACGAGAAGACCGGCGACAAGGAGAAGGUCAUGGACCUCAAGAUCCACACCCAGACGGCCGUCAUCAACUUGCGGUACGGCACGACGCCGGAGAAGGAGAAGCAGCGCAUCCUGCACCACGCCAAGACGUCCGCCGUGCGCAAGGCGUGGCACCGCGAGCAGGAGGCCAUCCGCAACGGCUACGCCGGCUCGGGCUCGGGGCUGGCCUCGGGCGUGGACUGGUCUGCGUCGGAGCAGGACGAGAUCCUCAAGACGGGCCAGGCGGCGGCCUACGAGGGCGAGUUCAUCCACGACAUCUUCCGCUAUCCGGAGCUAGCCGAAGACCCGUACAACGUCCGCUUCGUCAAAAAGAAUGCGGGCGAUGAGCCUGGGGCCUCCGCCAAGAGGAAACGCAGCGCCAGCGACUCGGCGCCCGUGGCCUCCGCCUCGUCCUCCGCGUCGGCGGACUUGUGGUGGAGGCCGUGCUCCGAGCCGAGCUGCUAGUCAAGUCUCGCCUCGCCUUAGCCUCGCCCCUUCCGUCCCUGGCACUAGGCUCAGGCCUAAGAGACGUGUACAUAAUAGAGCAGAUUUAUGGCAAGAAAUGAAUGUACAUAAGUUAUUAAUAUACCUACACAUAUUUAUAAAUAUAUACAUAUAUAUUUGUACAAAUGUGGACUUCUCGGCCAAAGGGCACAAAAAGUAGUGAAGCACGAUACUUAAUGCAGGACACUAAAAGUGAGUGCUUCCAAAGAAAUUUAUCGGACCUAUUUCUGUCUUUCUUUUUGUUUUACUUUUAUUUUUAGGAAGCCUUCUUGAGGGUAGGUUAUUGUCUUUUACUGUGUUGAUGUUACCAUGUUCAAUUAAUAUGUGUAUUGAACAUAUAUCUGUGAUGUGUGUGCGUAUGUGGAGGUUUGUUGUGAGAAUAUGAAUCAAUGAAAACGGCUCCAGUGAGAAUAGAACAUAUUUCUUGGGUUCAGUAAAAAUGGACCCAGGCCAAUAGCUAAUUAAUUGACUUCUAGGCUUUCUCACUGGAGCCUCUCUUUUUCAUCUUAAAUAGUGAACAUAGUGUGUGAAAGAAAUGUGAGAAUGUGAUCACGGUGCUUCUUUUGAUUGAGUCUUUAAUUUUAGUUUCUCGUUGUCUUAAUCAACAAACGUUUUGUAAAAAAUAAGUGGAUAUUUGUGUUUUCUGUGAAUUUAUUCUUAAGAGGCUUACUAUGCACAGUGUGUGCUCCUCCUGCUGAUUACUGUGAGCUUUGUGUUAAGGCACAUUAGGGAUCAUUUUCUUCAUGCAUACCAUUAUUAUGCAUGAAAUGAGCAGCAAAGACAUGCCCCAACCACAACAUAAAAGAUUUAUUGGAAUUUUAUCAUUCACUUUCUUUUUUCAUUUAAUUGUACCAGAGUCCUUUUUUUUAAACUGAAAAUCCCGUCCGCUAUCAUUUGGUGGCAUAUCUUUGCUGCAUUUAAGUCUAAGAAGCAUUGUUAUUGUCAUUGUGUGCUUGCACAGCAUUAUGUAAAUAUUGAUGUCUAUUUUGUCAAAUGCAUGUGUUUAUAUGUUAGUUGAUGUGUUUCAAAGACUUUUUUGGCAUCAUUUAAAUGUACAAACAAUUAUGUGCUGUGUUUGAUCAGUUUAGUUGAAAACUGUUUGUCCUGUUUCCAGAGUCAGAGGGGUCUGAAAUAAGAUCACAUUUGAGAAAACAAACUACCAAGCUUCUUACCAGCUUUGCAGAACUAAGGUUGUGGAUGACAUUUACUGAGUAUAGAGCUUUUUAUUUGUUUUGUUCUGGCUCUAUUUAUUGAUUUGGUCAUAGGCUACAGGUUCCAGCUACUUCAAGAACCUUUAUGGUGCUUUUGUUAUUGUGUGGACAACCGUUACUAUAUUUUAUUUUGUGGAUUAUUGUCAUUGGUUUAUAGGAAAUUAUGGAAAUAUGAAAUUCUUCUGUUUUACAUUAUCUUUUAAGAUUUUUAUACCAGUGCUAGAGAUCCCAAGAUGCCAAAUACAUAUUAAGAUUUUUUGAAUGGUGUCAGUGCCAAAUUUGUGCACAUGAGAGUUUAUUUGAAUUGUACUAUCCUUAAUAUAUUUGUGAAAAUUAUAGAAUGUGGGUGAUCAGUCACAAAAGAUCAAAUGAUUAUGAAAAGUUGUAAAUAUUUUGUUAUGCAAUUUAAAAUACUCUAACUUCAUAAAGCUCACAAGAAGAAAAAAGAAAAUGUUUUGAUAUCGCUGAAUUUUCUUUGUGCUCUUGAGUUUUAUCAUAUGCUGGUCGUGACUAAUUUUGUUGAUUGUGUCAAUUUUCAUUUUAUGUUGCAAGUAAUGUCAUUGUGGUCCAUUAUCAACUGCCAGAAAAAGGAGGAGAAUGAGCUUUUAGUAAAGUUGCACUGUUGCUUGUGGAGAUACUUUGCCACAAAGGCAUCUAAUUAUUAUAUUUCUUUACUUUGCAACACUACCUACAAGACUGGCCUUGUACUAUUGCAUAGUGUGUUAAACAAUAUUGAUGUGGUUCAGGUAUUUAUUUACUGCAGGAUGUGGAAUAGAAUACUAUAAUCUUGUGUAUACAUUGUGGGUUGCAAUUAUCAUUGCCACAGCCUUUACCAUGUGAUUAUUGUUUCUGUUGUAAGGAAUUGUGUUUCAGUCAUACCCUUCUCUGUGACUGUUUCACUUUUUGUAAAUGUUAAGAAUCUUAGACUUACUGUUCAUAUUGAUGUGCAAACUUUUAUUUGCUUAUGGUUUCACAAGAACCAAAAAUCAACUGUUAUUACAUGGCUUAUAGCUAAUGUUUGUUUGUUUAUUGUUUUUUUUUGUGUAUUUCUUUUUAAUUACUUCUUGUAACAUUCCAACCAUGAACACUUGUAAGAUAAAGUUGAAAGAUUUGACUGAUUUUAGCGUUGAAAGCGCUAUACUAAUGAAUCAAGUUGUACUUGGUUACUUAAUUAAGUGUGAGAAAAUUAAAUGUCUGCAAAAUUAAAUAAAUCAUCUGUUCCUUGACA